CAGAGGAGGCCGCGGGCCGGGGAGGGCCGGGCGGGACGGGAAACGUUAGGUCAGCGGCCCCCGGGGUGAGGGGGCCGAGCGGACGGGCAGGGCCCCGAGGCGAACUCUGCCCGGAUGAGGAACAAAGCAGUGGGGCAGGCGCGUGCGCCCCCAGCGCAGCUGGCAGGUUGGGCAGCCCCCUUCCCGAAGCUUCUGGACGGAAGGCCCCAGGUGUUCCCCGAGAUGCCCCAACCCGUGGCGGGGUGCACGGCCACCGGCCCUCGGGAGAAGUUGGGCGGCCCCGGGCGACCCCGGGGACGAGUGGCCGCGUCGGUGCAGCGGUUGUGAGCAAGAUGCGGUAGCACGUGACCCUGGAACGCAAACCCUGAUGCCUGUUCCCCACCACCCGAGCGCUCCUUUCUCUGACAUUUGGCCCCAAGCCGAGGCAUCACAGGAUGAAUGAAAUGAACCUGAGCCCAGUGGGGAUGGAGCAGCUGACUUCAUCCUCUGUGAGCAAUGCCUUGCCAGUCUCAGGAAGUCACCUGGGAUUGGCUGCCUCACCCACUCACAGUGCCAUCCCUGCCCCAGGCCUCCCAGUGGCAAUUCCAAACCUGGGUCCCUCCCUGAGCUCUCUGCCUUCUGCUCUGUCUUUAAUGCUACCAAUGGGUAUUGGGGAUCGAGGGGUGAUGUGUGGGUUACCUGAAAGAAACUACACCCUACCUCCACCACCUUACCCUCACCUGGAGAGCAGUUAUUUCAGAACCAUUCUACCUGGCAUUUUAUCUUAUUUAGCUGACAGACCACCUCCUCAGUACAUCCACCCCAACUCUAUAAAUGUUGAUGGUAAUGCAGCAUUAUCUAUCACCAGUAACCCUUCAGCACUAGAUCCCUAUCAGUCCAAUGGAAAUGUUGGAUUAGAACCAGGCAUUGUUUCAAUAGACUCUCGCUCUGUGAACACACAUGGUGCCCAAAGUCUUCAUCCCAGUGAUGGCCAUGAGGUGGCCUUGGACACAGCAAUCACUAUGGAGAACGUUUCUAGGGUUACCAGCCCAAUUUCGACAGAUGGAAUGGCAGAGGAGCUUACAAUGGACGGUGUUGCAGGCGAGCAUUCCCAAAUCCCAAAUGGCUCCAGAAGUCAUGAACCUCUGUCUGUGGAUUCUGUGAGCAACAACCUUGCAGCAGACGCUGUAGGACAUGGUGGUGUGAUACCCAUGCAUGGGAAUGGCCUGGAGCUCCCUGUGGUCAUGGAGACAGACCACAUUGCAAGUCGGGUCAAUGGCAUGUCUGACAGUGCCCUCAGUGACUCCAUUCACACUGUGGCCAUGAGCACCAACUCUGUAAGCGUGGCACUCUCUACCUCACACAACCUUGCCUCCCUAGAAUCUGUUUCCCUCCAUGAAGUUGGCCUCAGCCUAGAACCUGUGGCUGUCUCCUCCAUCACCCAGGAGGUUGCUAUGGGGACAGGUCAUGUAGAUGUAUCUUCAGACAGUCUUUCUUUUGUACCACCUUCACUGCAAAUGGAAGACUCCAAUUCAAACAAGGAGAACAUGGCAACCUUGUUUACAAUUUGGUGUACUCUGUGUGACCGCGCCUAUCCCUCGGACUGUCCCGAACAUGGACCAGUGACUUUUGUUCCUGACACUCCAAUAGAGAGCAGAGCAAGGCUUUCUCUCCCAAAGCAGCUUGUUCUCCGUCAGUCAAUUGUGGGAGCAGAAGUUGGUGUAUGGACUGGAGAAACCAUUCCUGUGCGGACUUGCUUUGGACCUCUAAUUGGCCAGCAGAGUCACUCCAUGGAAGUAGCAGAAUGGACAGACAAGGCAGUUAACCAUAUCUGGAAGGUAUACCACAAUGGUGUCCUAGAAUUCUGCAUCAUUACAACUGAUGAAAAUGAAUGUAAUUGGAUGAUGUUUGUGCGCAAAGCCAGGAACCGGGAAGAGCAGAAUUUGGUGGCUUAUCCUCAUGAUGGAAAAAUCUUUUUCUGCACCUCACAAGAUAUCCCUCCUGAAAAUGAACUGCUUUUUUAUUAUAGCCGAGAUUAUGCUCAACAGAUUGGUGUUCCUGAACACCCAGAUGUGCAUCUCUGUAACUGUGGCAAGGAGUGCAAUUCUUACACAGAGUUCAAAGCCCAUCUGACCAGCCACAUCCAUAACCAUCUUCCUACCCAGGGACAUAGCGGCAGCCAUGGGCCAAGUCACAGCAAAGAAAGGAAGUGGAAGUGCUCAAUGUGCCCCCAAGCUUUUAUCUCUCCUUCCAAACUUCAUGUCCACUUUAUGGGUCACAUGGGUAUGAAGCCCCACAAGUGUGAUUUCUGUAGCAAGGCUUUUAGUGAUCCCAGCAACCUGCGGACCCACCUCAAGAUACAUACAGGUCAGAAGAACUACAGGUGUACCUUGUGUGACAAGUCUUUCACCCAGAAGGCUCACCUGGAGUCCCACAUGGUUAUCCACACUGGAGAGAAGAAUCUUAAGUGUGAUUACUGUGACAAGUUGUUUAUGCGGAGGCAGGACCUCAAGCAGCACGUGCUCAUCCACACUCAGCUGGAGUGCAAUGGUGUGAUCUUGGCUCACUGCAACCUCCACUUCCCAUGCUCAAGCAGUCCUCCCACCUCAGCUUCUGAAAGUAGCUGGGACUACAGGGGCAGGGGGAGGUGUGCAGAGAACUGAAAAUCCUUACCUGAAGAGACUGUGCUUAUAUCCCAGACCCGAAGCCCUUCUUUUUGACCUCCAAAGGCAUAAAUAAAUGGCAAAUCAGGGCAACAUGAAGAACAGAAGAGAACUCCCUAGAGAGAGAACAGGAAGAUGGUAAUUUCAAUCUCUUCAGAGAGCGCUAAUAUCUAAAUCCUCACUCUUGUCUCUAAGAAUCUAUGACUUAAAUGGUUAUUCAAAACCAACUUACGAUUAUCACUUUCAAGCCUACUGCAAAGGUAGCUCAGAGUCAAGUCAGAAGGGCUAUUACUACAAUAUGAAGCCAGACAAGCGCAGCAUGCUGGUUCUUCCACAAUGAUAUCUGCAACUUCUGACCACUCAGGCCGCUCAUCUUCGUUAUCACUCUGUCUCUUAGGGAUCACUCUGUCUCUUAGGGAUUUCCUAACAAACCUAAUGUGUCAUGUAUUUCCAGAAACUUUAGCUGUCCUUUUAAACAAUAACAAUGAUGCCAGUUUAAAUCAUUUUUAAACUUUGUUUUCUUUUUUACAUUUUUAUUAAUAGGUAAUAUAUAUUUGUUAUAGAAAAUAGGAACAAGAAAAAUAUAUGAAAAUCUCUCAGGGAGGUAACCACGGUUUAUGUUCUGGGAUAUAAUCUACUAGAGUUAAAUGUAAGCAUUUAGGCAAUUAUGCAUUUAAAAAUAAGCAUGAGAUGGUACUACAAAAAUUGCUUCUGUAACCUGUUUUUCCAUUAUAUUUACAUAUAUUUAUUUAUUCAUACACAAUUUUGAACAGCUGUGCAGUGUUACUAUGUCUGCAGUCUAACUUACUUAUAUAACUCAGUGGUUGGCAUAUAGUAGGUGCUCAGUAAAUAUUUCUUGAGUGAAUCUGGUUAUUUCUAAAUUUUUCCUACUAUAUAGUAAUUUGUUUCAGUGUAGUCAGAACUAGUUAUGCAAAGAGAUAAAGAUACAUAAACUGACCCUAAUAGCUACGGUGCCCUGAGGUUCAAGAUUUCUUGGGAUGGUCUUGAUUUCAGGGUUAAAAAAAAAAAAAAAAAAAAAAAAAAAGCAGCCAUUUCACUUGUGUCCUAGAAAACCCUCUCCCCAGCCUUACCAAGCAACUGUUAAUCAUGUGAGUUGGAAAAGAACCAGUCACUGAAUUCCCCACAAAGUGUUCUAAGUCAUAAAAUCCCACCAAAUUUGACUAAACUCAAAAUUCACUUCCCCAACACAUCCAUAUUCAUUAAUGCAAUAGUUCCAACAGAAAAACACGCAACACAAGUUCCGGAAAAAGACAAGGUCAGAAACAGAAUAAAUAAAAAACAGAUACCCAGGGAGAUUCUUACCAUUUUCAUGUCCCUAGAAUGAACUAGACUUGGCCUAUCUCCUAAGAUGUCCCAGAUCUUCACGUAUUUGUCAGCUGAAGCAGUCACGAGACAGCCCUUGAUUUGACUGCUAAGAUCAAGACCUAAAGGAAGAUAAGUUUAGACACUUUCACUUUGAAAUACAGAUUUACUUCAUCAUAAGUUAAGAAAAAUGAAAGAAGCAUUACUCUUGCUCACCAGAGAUUUCAUCAUUGUGUGCAUUAAGUGUAAAAAUUGGCUUAUCUGAACGUGCAUCCAAAUUAUAUACAAAGCCGUCAUCUGUACUGGC